AUCCGCCAAAUACUGCGAAUUAUAUUUGAAAUUUGGAAAAAUAAUUAAUAAUUACUUGAAUGUGAAUACUGAUUUUUCUAUUUUUUUCUACUACCGGUUUUUAAUUAGAUUUUCGUCUGGUAUUCGUAUUAUGUAGUGACCUCUCACCAGUAGUGAUACUGACUUCGCGCACUGUAUACUUAAACGACGAAGCACGAACCUAGUGAAUAUUCGAUGAUUCUAUUUAUUCAGACAUUGCUGUGGUGUGCAGAAUACUUCAUUUUCUUACCCAUAUCUGCGUUUGAAAAGUGAAAUCGUACUCGUUUCAUAUGUCUGCAGCAGUAAAGUACCAAGCACCAAGCCCACAACAAUGGAUGAUAUCUGCACGUCAUCUGAUUUAGUAAAAGAUUCACAGGAAAUUAUUUAUAAUACCACAAAUGAUCUAGACGUACACAAUGAUUUUGAGUUUUAUGAUUCUGAAGAUUCUUUUAAUCAAACAGCACAAUCAACUUCAGUCUUAAAAAUAACAUCUGCGCAUGAUUCUGUGUUGAAUGUAAAUGAAAAAUACGUUAGUCCAACAAUAAUGAAUAAGAAACAAAGUGAAAUUUCAGAAAUAAGAACUGAUUUUGUUGCAGUCAUAGAACCAGUAUUUUAUGCCUCAACACCAAAUAAUUCUAUUUUAUCAGUGAACACAAAUAAUGACCAUGAUCAUGAAGUAUUGACUACUUCACAAGAGGCUUCUGCCAAUGCAAUAAUUACUCAACAUGAUUCUUCUCGGUUGAACGCCAGCGAAGUUAAAUCUUUGGAAAAAAUUGAUGUCUAUUCGUUAGCAACUAAAAAUGUAACGAGUAAUACCACUAAUUGUGUGGUAAAUACGAAAUCUGAAAAAAUAUUUACGGAGCUAAAAAUUGAGAAUAGCGAUGAUGAUUGUAAUACUAAAAGCCAAGUCUCAUUCGAUUCGGGAAAUGAAAGGUCGAGCCACAAAUAUUUUAUUGAUUUGUCAAGUUUACCUGAUUCGUCGCCUCCUAAAAAAACAAGUGAGUUAGAGAAUGCGCAUGAAAAAAGUAAGAUUUUCAACAUAUUUGUCGAUUUAGGUGAUAAGGCACCAGUAAAGGACAUGCCCAGUAGACUAUCAUCAGCAUUGAACGUAAAAAGACAAAUCGAUAAAAGUCAACCAGCUCCAGAAAAACCCAGUAAAAAUUCAAAAAUAUUGAAUGCUGAAAAACGCCAAUCUACAUCGACCGAAAAAACUACAUUGUGUAACAACUACACACUAUCUGAGUUUGAAGCAAUAGAAGCUUUAUGCAACGACCCAAAUAUAAGUCUUACUGAAAUAAUUCAUAUACCUAAAACAAAAAAGAAUAAAAAUGAAAAAACAAGUUUGUCUCAAGAACCAUUUCGAAACCCCAGUGAGCAAAGCAAACCUGCAAAAUCUAAAGAAGUUUUUCAGAAAGCCGAUUCUUACGUAAAAUUGUCCGACUUGGAUAAUCCAGUGUCACAAACAGAUUUAUCUGAACGUCUCGAAACAGCAAAUGACGCCCGAAUGACGAGAUCUAUUCCAGACAAUAACUGGAGAAAACAAUAUCAGUCUACCUGUGUAUCGAUAGGAUUGUUAAGUUCCUUUCACUCUGAGAACGCAUUGAGCUUAAAUAGACUCUUUCCGAAUUUGAAGAAUGAUAUCAGUAGAAGUAUGCCCGGGUCAUUGUCAGCUAGAACAUCGCUAUUAAAGUCUGGUAUAGUUCCAAGUCCCGGAGAGACUGAUGAACCGAAUAUGACGUCGGAUGUUUCGGAAAUUAGCAGUGUCCAAAGCAGUACAUGCCGCUCUAUUGUUGAAAGUACAACAGAAGAGUCAAGUCAUGUGGCAAAUUUGAUUGUCAAUUGUCAGUCCCGUUUAGGGCAAGAUUUACUUCGAAUGUUCAUAGAGGAAAUAGCGCCGGACGUUAUAGUAGAAGUGGCAGGAAAACGUAUUAAGGCGCAUAAAUGUAUUUUAUCUUCCCGAUGUCAAUAUUUCGCUCGUAUGCUCAGUGGAGGCUGGGUCGAAAGUGCUGGAAAUGUCAUUACUUUAUCGUUAUUUUCCUUUGAGGCCGUUCAUUUUGUGCUGUGCCAUAUAUAUUCGGGGACGUCCGAUCUUCCUGACAGUAUACGCAUUGUUGAGUUAGCAGCCAUGGCGGAUAUGUUGGGACUAGAGGGACUCAAGGAAGCAAUUAUGGUCAAGCUUAAAGUCACUUAUUGUCAUAAUUUCCAUACGCCGUGCUCAAUUUGUAUUGUGGGUGUCGUGGAGUGUUUACCGCUGUCGGCUGUGUAUGGGUUGGACGAUCUUUACCGCAAAAUCUUAAGAUGGAUGACAAAACAUUUCGCGACAAUAUGGCCGACUAAACCCUUCGCUACAUUACCAAAGGAACUCUUAGAAAAAUGUUACCAAGAGCAUGUUGUUAAUUUAUCAAUUGAUAAUUUUCUCGACACGGUGUAUGGAUGCGGAAGCAUAGUUGGCAGACUGGAAAAUACAAAAUGGGCUGACAAAGUGGCUCAAAUGUGUCGACGGUUGGUCAACGCAGCCGCGCAUUUUGCUGCACCGAAACUAGUUCAAAUCCUCGAAUUAGUUGCAACCGUUCCAAACGACUCAGCGCCGUUAGCAAAGCAGGCUUUAAAAGACUGUUUAACAGCAGCUAUAGAAUGGGCUCCACCAGGCGAAACCUGCAAAGCAUACGCCUUUUUAUCAAACCUAGUUAAAAUAAUUCGAUCGAGGGCAGAUCUGAUUUUGAACGUGAAUGGCAAAGUGGCAGAUCCCGAUAACCUAUUGUACACAAACGCGAAUAAUUGGCGUUUGCAGUGUGAGAAUACAUUGGUCAGAGCCGCACCGCGCGUUGUUAGCACUCAAGCAUUUAAAGAUUUACCAUCGGAGUUAAGGAAGAGGCUGAGAGAACUUGGCUGUAUUGUGUAUGGACAUCAAGCGAACCCAACAUUCUCACCCAUUCCAGGAAGAUAUACCAAAAGCAUGUGUCAAACUAAACCUUGCGAAGAUGUAAUAAAAAGCCUUGAUAUGGAACACGUGCGAAAGUCGUUCGUUCCCUACAAAGCCAAACCCUACACGGUAACCACAGAGAAAGUUAAGUGUGAGCGAGAAAAGAAAAAACCGAUUUUAGUACGCACAACGCGGGCCCAAGAAAAACGCGCUAUAUACAAUAUGUCGAAGACGGGGCCUGCGAAAUCGACUUCACAAAAUCCAUCAGCGAAAACAACGCGUUACCUAGACCCGAAUACAAAGAUGCCGCAAAAGAAUUUUAUUAAUAAAGUUAUGUCAUCUACCGAGAGCUCCCGUAACUCGAGUCCCGUGCUUAAGAGGAAUGAGAAGAAGCAAACUAAAGCAAUGUCCGAAGAUAGCCUUGCAACGACGUCGAGGCCGAGAACUGCCGAACCAUCGACGGAUUCACUUAGCGAGUCGCAAAGUAACAAGUACGGCACCUAUACCAAAACAAAACACGCCUUAAAAGGAUCUAUCGAAUCAGUAACGACGCAACAUAGUAUAAACUCCAAUAGAAACACGAGUACAAAAAUACCUUUAUAUUCACAUGCUGGAUCCAAAACUGAGAGCCAAUGUCGUCGUCAGUUUGCUCAGAAUGCUCAAAAUGAGACAAAAAUAAAUAAAACACAAUCCAGUAGGAUGACAACAAAUAUACCUAAACCGAAGAUUUCAUUCCCUGGUUCCCUCAUGAUGGCUACUAAAGCCAGUUCAGCUAAAAUAGUGACGAAAGUUGUGAAGGAAUCCGUCAAAACGAAGAAGGCGCCUAAAAAAGCAAAGGAGGUGGAAUCAAAGCCAAUUGGAAGAUCAGGGACGUUCUUAAAGGAUGAACCAACCUUCAGUGAAGAAUCAAGAUUAAUGAGUAAAUAAUAUUAUUUUCGUCCUAGCGUUAUGCUAAGCUAUUAUACAUAAAAUUUAUUUUUACCGUGUGUACUAUGAAAUAUUUUUUUCCAUUCCUUAUGGAAAAAAUAAUAGUACAUAAACGUAUUAUUUUUUUGUAGAAAUCCCCGACGAAAAUGCAUUUCGUUUUCAAGCAGACAAUGUGUGUAAGAAAGUAAAUAAUUACUGUAACUGUAAUCACCAAAUACGAAAAUCAAAGCUUACGUAAUACUCGAACGGCCCCUAAGACAUCAGCCAGUCUUAUUUGCUGUAUUAUGUUUUAAUAUGAUUAUUUUCCUUUGAAAUAAAAAAUAAAUUACCUUUAUGCUUUCUGUAUACACGCAAUGACAUUGCUAUUAUUUUAUAAGCGAUCUUGUAACGAUACGUAUUUUCUAUACACCUAUAAAGGUUGUAUUGCUUAGUAUAUCAGAUAGAAAAUAAACUAUUCCUGACAAGCUAAUGUGUUGAUUAACUCUUUAGGCUUAAAUAGAUCUUAUAGGUUUUCGUUUAUAAGAUCGAAACACAGCAGCUAUAUAAAAUCUUAAAUAGUCUCAUCCCCUGAUAUUAUAGAUAAUGCGUCAAGAAUGACUAGUCUCGAGACUUCGUUAAUUAGUCUUAGUUUUAAAUAUAUUAACUACAUUACCAUCGUAAGUCUAUUUAUUGACAUUCCAGACAAGCUCGACGUUAAAUUUAAUUUGAUAACAAAUAUUUUUUUAUUAUAUUUCAUUAUACUCUGCUAUAUUGUAUAAAUGUAUCGUAUAGGCUAUUUUUCUUUCUUACUUUUGUUCCAUAGUAUAUAUUUUAUAUGAGAUUCUAUAAUCUUACGUACGUUUAAAUGUUAACUAUACGUUAAGGUGUUUAUUGACAUUGUAUUUUAAGAUGGUUAACUUAAUAAUAAGUGAUAAAUUUAUAGACUUUUUUUUGACACUUUUCUGUUUUUUACUAUGGUGUUACAUUUUCUUUACUAUUUACUUUACCAUAGUUUAUAUUAUACUGAAUUAUUUAUACUAAACACAUCAAGGCAUAAUUUUUAUUUUACCAGAACACUAAAUGUUGCUGCUUUGGUAUUCUAGACAUGUAUUGCCAGGUACUUGUAAAAAUAAAGGCUGGCCCUGGAUUAAUGACAAACGAUGAUAACACCUAAGAAAUCGUUGGAACUUAAUGUGUCAAGUACUUAAAACAAUAUAUUCAAAACAAUAGAAGAUAAAUUAGAUGUAUCAUUGUUGUUUUUUAGUUUUUAUUGUAAGAAUAGUUUUUUUAGAUUUACUUUUGAAAUGAUCUCAAGGAUGCACAGUAUUUAAUUGUUUGGUCAAGCAUCAGCCAUUUUUAGAGACUAUUGUUUUUCUUUAUUAAUAAAGUACGCUAAGCUAAGCUCUAGUAAUUGUGAUUAUUAUUCGAAGACUAAGCAAUCGACAGACUUUAAGGACUGAAAGAGGUUAUCGAUUCAACCUAUAAGUAUUCUGUUUCGCAUUUCUGCAAUCGUUUUUACUUUUCUGGUUCAUAUCCAACAUUUCAUGUAACUUUUAAUAUUUAUUAUUUAGUUGUUAAAUGUACAAUAGAUGUUUUGCUUGAUGUUUAGUCUCGAAUAAAAAAC